CAGAUUUUCUCGAAUUUCCAGAUCAUCGAGCUCUUCAUCUCUGCAAUAUCUGUCUUCAUCUCCUCCCUCUCUUUUCGGAAUAAGUCCUUUCUUCAUGAACAUGGCUAUACGGUCCCUCGCCCUCGGGUGGUUAGCCAUCUCGUCACUUCAAAUUAGCGCCCAAGCCUUGGACUUUCGCAGCAACUGUGAUGAGGCCUGCGAAGCUGCGUACCGUUCGUCACUCGCUAUCGAGACCAAGGACUGGGUCAAUGUAGACGUCAACGUCGAUCCCUUCUACGCCAACCCAUCGAACCUCUCUGACUAUGCCGUCGGAGACUUGGUCAAAUGGCAAGACCUCACGGGCACCCAAGCCGCCAAGAUCUGGACUGUCCCCGCCGGCAUGUCCCUCUCCCGCUUCUUCUACAUGAGCGAAGAUAUCGACGGCAAGCCGCUUCCCGUUACCGCAUUCGCCCUGCUCCCAUGGUCGAACCCCCAGGGGAAAGAUAAGCCCUUCCGUACCGUCGUCUGGGCCCACGGAACCGCGGGCUACAGUCGUGAGUGUGCGCCGACCAAUCAUAGAGGACUCUACUAUGAGUGGGAGGCGCCCUUCAUCCUCGCCCAGGCAGGUUACGCUGUCAUCGCACCGGACUAUGCUGGCCAAGGCAGUGACAUUUCCCAGGGCUUCAUGUACGAAUCGGGAGCACUUCAUGCUGCUGACGUCAGCCACAGCCUCCAGGCAGCUCGCAAAGCCCUUGGUGAGCGGCUGUCCAAGGAAUGGGUCGUAGUUGGACAUAGCGAGGGUGGCUUGACUGCGUGGCGCACCAACGAGAGAGAAGCAAAGGCUGGAAAGGCCACUGGCGGAUUCAUCGGUGCAGUGUCGGUUGCGCCUGCGCUUCGGCCCUUGUCACUCAUCCCCGAGUCAUUCCGCCGCGCGGCUGGAGGCCCCGUAGGAGAUGUGGUAUCCGUCUACUUCCUCCAGUCUCUAUCAAAGCUCUUGAAGUCGAUCCGGAUAGAAGACUACGUCAGCGAUAUUGUUGCCAGCCGCAUUCCUCUGUCAAACCAGGGAUGUCUCAAGACCGGCGGUACUAUCUACGGCAGCCUGACUGAGACUCAGCUGUACAAGAAUACCAGCUGGCUGACACACCCCGAUGUGAUUGACUGGCAAGAGCGCUACAACGGAGCCGGCGUACACCAGUGGGCAGCCCCCAUGUUGGUUGUCCAGGGGACCAAAGAUAUUCUCACUUACGCCGAGACUAUGGAGCAGGACUUUGAUGCAACUUGCAAGGCCUUCCCCGAGUCGCCUGCGGAGCUGCUCUUAUAUCCUGAGCUCGGUCAUGAUCAGGCUUUCCAGGCGUCGCAUGUUGACUAUCUGGCUUGGGUUGCGGAUCGGUUUAACAACGUCUCCGUUUCCUCUGGUUGCAGCAAGAGGACGAUUGAGCCUGCGACCAACCACCCCUCGCUCAUCCACCAAACUUGGCAAGGAUCUCCUCAGUAAUUGAUAGUCGAUGAGUGGCUUGCAGAACAAAAAGCUCCUAGAUAGGAUAUGUACUGGGCCAAAGUGGUUGUGUAUUCCUCGGAUUCUCGGAGAGGUCGUGUCUGUUUGCUUCAACGGCCAUAGACGUCUAAGAUUUCUUUUCUUCUUGUACAUAUUUUGAUCUCGGUCGACACUUCAAACCGACAAACUCUCAUGGAACAGGUCAUUCCUAGACCAUGAUGUUACCUUCAUAGAUGGAGUUCUUCGAAAUCAAUGAGGUCCCAAAUGAAAAUAAUCG